AUGUUUUUAUUUAGAGGUUUAGCUCCCACUGCUUCUUACCUGGAAUUAUUAACUUCUACUUUCAAAGCACAUCAACAAUCCAACCUAAGUGGAAUACAAAAAACUAUUAAAGAUAACGGUGAGAAAAUUCAGUGUUUUUUGAUGCCAAAGCCUGGAAAUCAAGUUGAGACAAAGGAAUUUAAAGGCGAUUUUAAUGAUAUUAACAAAAUAUCUCGUGAUCAUGUGAAAACCUUUGUAGAAAAACUUUUAACCUCUAAGAAUUUGGUACCGAAAAAGAUCGAUAAUAAAUUCGUUACUGUCGAGGUGCUAUUUAGAUUUAUUGAUGGUUACUGGAGAUGCAUUAAUGAAACUGAAGAGUUAUGCACUGAAUUAAUUUGCAUCGCAACUGCUGAGAUUUCUCUUCAACAUCUCGUGAAUAUAAAGGGAGACGAAUACAAAAAGCGUUUAGGCAGCUGUACAGAUCCAACACAAGCUGAAAAUGAGGAAAGUAAAAUUCUGAAAGAAUUUGAAAAGGCACGGGAGAUGAAGUUGGGCACAAAAAAAAUGCGAGGAAGUUUUAAACAACAACUUACAGAGCCGCUUGAUGCACUAUUUAAUGAGUUUCAUACAAUUUUAGACUAUGAAGAUGAACUAAAAAAUGUAUAUAUCGAGCAGGUACAAGAAUGUACAACUUUAGAGCAGGUCGAGAAGAUAAAGAAUCGAAUUUUGAAAAAAUUCUUGAAAAUGGUCAAAAACUUUAACUACCUAAAGGGGGCACAAGAAAUAUCUAAGCAACGGUUAACACGACAACUUAAUGAGGUGUAUAAUGAUUUUCAUAUACUUUUCGAUUUUGUAAAUCAACUAAUAGAGGAAUACUCCAAACACGUUAAAGGAUGUAGAACUUUGAAGGAAGUCCAAGCAAAGAUGCAUAUAAUUUUGGUGACGAUUGAGGGAGAGAAUUUGAACUGUAAGAAAGAAUUACGACAUCAUUUUAAGAAACGCCUAAAAGCAGUACUUGAUAAGGUAUGUGACGAUUUUCGCAUACUUUUGAACUAUGUGAAUCAAUUAAUAGACAAAUACUUCAAUCUUGUGAAAGAAUGUAGAACUUUAGAGGACGUACAGAAAUCGAUUGAGAGCAUUUUGGUGACAUUUGAAGGAGAGAUCUUGAACUGCGAUAAGGAAUUACGAAAUCAUUUUAAGACACGCCUAAACACACCACUUGAUAACGGAUAUAAUGAUUUUCGCAUACUUUUCAACCAUGUAAAUCAACGAAAAGAGGAAUAUUCAAAACAUGUUGAAGAAUGCACAACUUUGAAGCAAGCCGGUACAGAAAAGAAGAGAAUUGUGGAGACAUUUGAAGCAGAGAACUUAAACUGCGAUAAUGAAUUACGAGAUCAUUUUAAGCAGCGCCUAAAUGUACUUCUUGAUAAGGUUUAUGAUAAUUUUUGCCUAUAUUUCAAUCAUGUAAAUCAACUAAAAAACAAAUACUCGGAAUGCGUUAAACAAUACAGAACUUUAGAGGAAGCCCAGGCAGAGAGGCAGAGAAUUUUGGUGACAUUUGAAGAAGAGAACUUGAACGACGAGAAGGAAUUAAAAGAUCAUUUUAAGAAGCGCCUAAAUGCAUCACUUGAUAAGGUGUAUAACGAUUUUUGCAUACUUUUCCACCAUGUAAAUCAACUAAUAGAGGAAUACUCCGAACGCGUUAAAGAAUUUAGAACUUUAGAAGAAGCCGAGGGAGAGUGGCAGAGAAUUUUGAAGACCGUUGAAGAGAACUUGUACUUCGAGACUGAAUUAAGAGAUCAUUUCAAGCAGCGCCUAGAUGAAGUAAGUUUUUUUCACUGUAAAUAAUUAUAUUAUUUAAUAUGGAACACUUAAGGGAAGAUAUUUAAGUACAUAAACCGGGGCUUUAUUGGCAAGCCGAUUUUAAUAGA